ACUUCACAAGCAGCUCAAAGCUCUAGUUCUAGCUAGCUAGCAAAGGGGGGGAAAAUGGCUCCGCUUCUCGCUGCUGCCAUGAACCACGCUGCAGCCCAUCCUGGCCUUAGGAGCCACCUAGUAGGACCCAACAAUGAGAGUUUCUCACGGCACCACCUGCCGUCUUCUUCUCCACAGAGCAGCAAGCGAAGGUGUAACCUUAGCUUUACUACACGAUCUGCAAGAGUAGGCAGCCAAAAUGGAGUCCAAAUGUUGAGCCCCUCGGAAAUCCCACAAAGGGACUGGUUCCCCUCUGACUUCACCUUCGGUGCCGCCACUUCAGCGUACCAAAUUGAAGGUGCUUGGAAUGAAGAUGGAAAGGGGGAAAGCAACUGGGAUCACUUCUGCCACAAUCAUCCGGAAAGGAUACUGGACGGGAGCAAUUCAGACAUUGGAGCGAAUUCGUACCAUAUGUACAAAACGGACGUCAGAUUGCUCAAGGAAAUGGGCAUGGACGCAUAUAGGUUCUCUAUCUCUUGGCCCAGAAUACUGCCGAAGGGAACCAAAGAAGGAGGUAUUAACCCGGAUGGCAUCAAGUACUACAGAAACCUCAUCAACUUGUUGCUGGAAAACGGCAUAGAGCCAUAUGUAACAAUUUUCCACUGGGAUGUACCUCAAGCACUAGAAGAGAAGUACGGCGGCUUCCUAGAUAAGAGUCAUAAGAGCAUUGUAGAAGAUUACACCUACUUCGCUAAGGUGUGCUUUGAUAACUUCGGCGACAAGGUGAAGAAUUGGUUGACCUUUAAUGAGCCCCAGACAUUUACUUCCUUUUCCUACGGAACUGGGGUCUUUGCCCCAGGGCGGUGCUCACCUGGACUAGACUGUGCCUACCCAACUGGGAAUUCACUCGUCGAGCCUUACACUGCUGGCCAUAACAUUCUCCUAGCCCACGCUGAGGCUGUUGAUCUUUACAACAAGCAUUACAAGCGCGACGACACCCGCAUAGGGCUUGCGUUUGACGUAAUGGGUCGUGUGCCAUACGGAACAUCGUUUCUGGAUAAACAGGCCGAAGAAAGGUCAUGGGACAUCAACCUAGGAUGGUUCUUAGAGCCAGUGGUUCGUGGUGACUACCCCUUCUCCAUGAGAUCAUUGGCUAGGGAACGACUACCCUUCUUCAAGGACGAGCAGAAGGAGAAGCUCGCCGGUUCCUAUAACAUGUUGGGGUUAAACUACUACACCUCACGGUUCUCCAAAAACAUCGACAUCUCACCAAACUACUCACCUGUGCUCAACACUGACGACGCCUACGCCAGUCAAGAAGUUAACGGGCCUGACGGGAAGCCCAUUGGUCCUCCUAUGGGAAAUCCAUGGAUCUACAUGUACCCUGAGGGCUUGAAGGAUCUCCUUAUGAUAAUGAAGAACAAAUACGGAAACCCACCUAUCUACAUCACCGAGAACGGAAUCGGGGAUGUUGAUACCAAAGAGACACCUCUACCCAUGGAGGCUGCCUUAAAUGACUACAAAAGGCUAGAUUACAUCCAGCGCCACAUCGCUACUCUUAAGGAAUCAAUAGACUUGGGAUCAAAUGUGCAAGGCUACUUCGCUUGGUCUCUGCUGGACAACUUUGAAUGGUUUGCCGGCUUCACCGAACGUUAUGGCAUUGUCUACGUCGACCGCAACAAUAACUGCACGCGCUACAUGAAGGAGUCUGCCAAGUGGUUGAAAGAGUUCAACACCGCGAAAAAGCCCAGCAAGAAGAUUCUUACGCCAGCUUAAAAAUCGGGGGCCUCAUGAUGUGGGUGCAGCCCAUAAAAACUGUGUGGUUUGGAACCGAAGAUUUUCUCUUUUUUUUUCUGCCACGAGAGGUUCUCUGGAGGCAUACUCUCCAGCACCGUGGCUAAUAACGCGUUGUUCCAAUUCAGUCUGGCCUUGUCAUGCAUGCAAUAAAUAAAGUGAUGGGUUUCCCUGUUUCAA